UGCCGCCGGGCAGGAAGCGGGGUCCCGCCCGGGCCUCUGGAGCCACGUGCGCUUGUUUCCGUGCUGGGGCGAUCACGUGACCCGCGUCAGCUGACCCGUCACGGUGGAGCCCGGUGCUCGCGCCCGGCAGCCUCUGCCCCGCCGCGCCCGGAGCGCAGGACCCGCGGAGGGGUAAGCGCGCCCCCCGCCCGCCCCUUCUCCGCCGCCGGCUUCCUGCGACCACCUCCGCCCCGGCCCCUGUCCCGCGCCCAUCCCAGCCCUGCCGGCCUGGCGCCCCGGAAGUCGUCGCCAGCAGGGCCGUGGCUGGGCUCAGCCCCGCGCUGCCCCCGGGCGGCCUGGAGGAGAUGGCCCAGGGCAGCGGGGGGCGGGAAGGCGCUCUCGGAACCCCGGCCGGGGGCUGGCAUUCCCCGCCAAGCCCAGACAUGCUGGAGCUGCUCCGGAGCGUGGAGAGGGACCUGAGCAUCGAUCCCAGGCAGCUGGCUCCGGCCCCGGGGGGCACCCACGUGGUGGCCCUAGUGCCUGCGCGCUGGCUGGCCAGCCUCCGCGAUCGCCGGCUGCCCCUGGGACCCUGUCCCCGCGCAGAGGGCCUGGGAGAAGCGGAAGUCAGGACUCUCCUGCAGCGCUCUGUGCAAAGGCUGCCUGCCGGCUGGACGCGCGUGGAGGUGCAUGGGCUGCGGAAGCGGAGACUGUCCUACCCUCUGGGCGGGGGCCUGCCCUUUGAGGACGGGUCCUGCGGCCCUGAGACCCUCACUCGCUUCAUGCAGGAGGUUGCCGCCCAGAAUUAUCGCAACCUGUGGCGCCAUGCAUACCACACUUACGGCCAGCCGUACAGUCACAGCCCUGCCCCCUCAGCUGUCCCUGCCUUGGACUCAGUACGGCAGGCUCUGCAGAGGGUCUAUGGUUGUUCCUUCCUGCCAGUGGGUGAAACUACCCAAUGCCCAUCAUAUGCCAGAGAAGGCCCCUGUCCCCCUCGGGGCAGCCUUGCUUGUCCUAGUCUGUUACGGGCUGAGGCCUUGCUGGAGUCGCCAGAGAUGCUGUAUGUGGUACACCCUUACGUGCAGUUCUCCCUACAUGACGUGGUCACCUUCAGCCCUGCCAAGCUGACCAACAGCCAGGCCAAGGUGCUGUUCAUUCUCUUCCGCGUGCUGAGGGCUAUGGACGCCUGUCAUCGCCAGGGGCUGGCGUGUGGGGCCCUGUCUUUGCAUCACAUCGCGGUGGAUGAGAAGCUUUGCAGCGAGCUGCGACUGGACCUGAGCGCUUAUGAGAGGCCCGAGGAGGACGAGAAUGAGGAGGCCCCUGUGGCAAGGGAUGAGGCGGGCAUUACGUCUCAAGAGGAGCAGGGAGGGCGACCUGGGCAACCCACUGGCCAGGAGGGACUUCGGAGCCUCGUGCUAGAUUGGGUCCACGGCCGCAUCAGCAACUUCCACUACCUCAUGCUGCUGAAUCGGUUGGCAGGUCGGCGGCAGGGGGACCCCAACUACCACCCCGUGCUGCCCUGGGUGGUGGAUUUCACCACGCCCCAUGGGCGCUUCCGAGACCUGCGCAAGUCCAAGUUCCGCCUCAACAAGGGGGAUAAGCAACUGGACUUCACGUACGAGAUGACGCGGCAGGCAUUCGUAGCAGGCGGGGCGGGCGGCGGGGAACCCCCUCACGUUCCCCACCACAUCUCAGACGUGCUCUCCGACAUCACCUACUACGUGUACAAGGCUCGGCGCACGCCUCGGUCGGUGCUCUGUGGACACGUCCGCGCGCAGUGGGAGCCCCAUGAGUAUCCGGCCAGCAUGGAGCGGAUGCAGAACUGGACCCCGGAUGAGUGCAUUCCGGAGUUCUACACCGAUCCCUCUAUCUUCCGCUCCAUCCACCCCGACAUGCCUGACCUGGAUGUGCCAGCCUGGUGCAGCUCCAGCCAGGAGUUCGUGGCUGCCCACCGAGCCCUGCUGGAGAGCCGCGAGGUGUCCCGGGACCUGCACCAUUGGAUCGACCUCACGUUUGGCUAUAAACUCCAGGGCAAGGAGGCUGUCAAGGAAAAGAAUGUGUGUCUGCACCUGGUGGAUGCCCACACUCACCUGGCCAGCUAUGGGGUGGUGCAGCUCUUCGAUCAGCCACACCCCCAGCGCCUGGCUGGGGCUCCUGCCCUUGCCCCCGAGCCUCCCCUCAUCCCCAAGCUGUUGGUCCAGACCAUCCAGGAGACCACAGGCCGGGAGGACUUCACAGAAAACCUGGGACAGCUUCCAAAUGGAGUGGGCCGGCCAGUUUUAGAGGCCACUCCCUGUGAGGCUAGCUGGACCAGAGACAGGCCGGUGGCAGGAGAAGACGACUUGGAACAGGCCACAGAAGCUCUGGAUUCCAUUUCCCUUGCUGGGAAAGCAGGUGACCAGCUGGGCUCCUCCAGUCAAGCGUCUCCUGGCCUUCUCUCUUUCUCAGUGUCCUCAGCCUCCCGUCCAGGCCGCAGGAAUAAAGCUGCUGGGGCAGACCCUGGGGAGGGCGAGGAGGGGAGGAUUCUUCUUCCUGAGGGCUUCAAUCCCGUGCAGGCCCUGGAGGAGCUGGAGAAAACGGGCAACUUCUUGGCCAAAGGCCUAGGGGGCCUGUUGGAGGUGCCUGAGCAGCCCCGGGUCCAGCCGGCUGUGCCACUGCAGUGCCUACUCCACAGGGACAUGCAGGCGCUGGGUGUCCUGUUGGCGGAGAUGGUGUUUGCCACCAGGGUGCGGACGCUGCAGCCCGAUGCACCUUUGUGGGUACGCUUCCAGGCUGUCCGAGGGCUCUGCACACGCCACCCCAAGGAGGUCCCUGUGUCUUUGCAGCCCGUGCUGGACACACUCCUGGAGCUGAGUGGCCCCAAAGUCCCCAUGGGAGCAGAGAGGGGCAAGCUGGACCAACUGUUUGAGUACAGGCCUGUCUCCCAGGGCCUGCCCCCACCCUGCCCAAGCCAGCUUCUCAGCCCCUUCAGCUCCGUGGUUCCCUUCCCGCCCUACUUCCCGGCACUGCACAGAUUCAUCCUUCUGUACCAGGCAAGGCGCGUGGAGGACGAGGCCCAGGGGCGCGAGCUGGUGUUUGCUCUGUGGCAGCAGCUGGGCGCGGUGCUGAAGGACAUCACCCCUGAGGGCCUGGAGAUCCUGCUGCCCUUCGUGCUCUCACUCAUGGCCGAGGAGCAUACGGCUGUGUACACGGCCUGGUAUCUGUUUGAACCUGUUGCCAAGGCACUGGGCCCCAAAAAUGCCAAUAAGUACCUCCUGAAGCCGCUCAUUGGUGCCUACGAGAGCCCCUGCCAGCUACACGGCCGCUUCUACCUGUACACGGACUGCUUUGUGGCCCAACUGAUGGUGCGGCUGGGCCUGCAGGCGUUUCUCACUCACCUGCUGCCUCACGUCCUGCAGGUGCUGGCGGGCGCAGAGGCCUCCCAGGAGGAGAGCAAGGACCUGGCAGGGGCUGCUGAGGAGGAGGAGAGUGGGCUGCCCGGGGCCGGGCCUGGCUCCUGUGCUUUUGGGGAGGAGAUUCCCAUGGAUGGGGAGCCUCCUGCCUCCUCGGGCCUGGGGCUCCCAGACUACACGUCUGGUGUCAGCUUCCAUGACCAGGCUGACCUGCCUGAGACAGAGGACUUCCAAGCCGGGCUCUAUGUGACUGAGUCUCCCCAGCCCCAGGAGGCUGAAGCUGUGAGCCUGGGCCGGCUGAGUGACAAGAGCAGCACCAGCGAGACCUCCCUGGGUGAGGAGCGGGCUCCAGAUGAGGGGGGUGCCCCCGUGGACAAGAGCAGCCUUCAAUCAGGCGACAGCAGCCAGGACUUGAAGCAAAGCGAGGGCUCUGAGGAGGAAGAGGAGGAGGAGGACAGCUGCAUGGUGCUAGAGGAGGAGGAGGGGGAGCAGGAGGAGGUCACUGGGGCAUCUGAGCUCACUCUGUCUGACACGGUGCUGUCCAUGGAGACGGUUGUGGCCGGCGGCAGUGGGGGAGAUGGGGAAGAGGAGGAGGAGCCACUGCCUGAGCAGUCAGAAGGCAAAGAACAGAAGAUCCUCCUUGAUACAGCCUGCAAGAUGGUCCGCUGGCUGUCUGCCAAGCUCGGCCCCACAGUGGCCUCUCGCCACGUGGCCCGGAACCUGCUCCGCCUGCUGACGUCUUGUUAUGUUGGACCCACUCGGCAGCAGUUCACGGUGAGCAGUGGCGAGAGCCCUCCGCUAAGCGCCGGCAACAUCUACCAGAAGAGGCCGGUCCUGGGUGACAUCGUGUCAGGGCCCGUGCUCAGCUGCCUCCUCCACAUUGCCCGCCUGUAUGGGGAGCCUGUCCUCACCUACCAGUACCUGCCCUACAUCAGCUACCUGGUGGCCCCAGGGAGUGCCUCAGGCCCCAGCCGACUGAACAGCCGUAAGGAGGCAGGGCUGCUGGCUGCGGUGACGCUGACUCAGAAGAUCAUCGUGUACCUCUCAGACACCACACUCAUGGACAUCCUGCCCCGGAUCAGCCAUGAGGUCCUGCUGCCCGUGCUCAGCUUCCUCACCUCCCUCGUCACGGGGUUCCCAAGUGGGGCCCAGGCCCGGACCAUCCUGUGUGUGAAAACCAUCAGCCUCAUCGCCCUCAUCUGCCUGCGCAUCGGACAGGAGAUGGUCCAGCAGCACCUGAGCGAGCCCGUGGCCACCUUCUUCCAGGUCUUCUCUCAGCUGCAUGAGCUUCGGCAACAGGAUCUGAAGCUGGAUGCCACGGGCCGUGGCGAGGGCCAGCUGCCACAGGUGGUCUUCUCUGAUGGGCAGCAGCGGCCCGUGGACCCCGCCCUGCUGGACGAGCUGCAGAAGGUGUUCACCCUGGAGAUGGCAUACACAAUCUACGUGCCCUUCUCCUGCCUGUUGGGUGACAUCAUCCGGAAAAUCAUCCCCAACCACGAGCUGGUUGGGGAGCUGGCGGGGCUGUACUUGGAGAGCAUCAGCCCGAGCAGUCGCAACCCUGCCAGCGUGGAGCCCACCGUGCCCAGCACCGGCCCCGAGUGGGACCCCCAGGGUGGGGGCUGCCCUCAGGAUGAUGGCCACUCAGGGACCUUUGGGAGCGUCCUGGUGGGGAAUCGAAUUCAGAUCCCCAAUGACUUUCGGCCUGAGAACUCCGGACCGCUGGGCCCCAUCUCGGGGGUGGGUGGUGGGGGCCUGGGCAGCGGGAGCGACGACAACGCCCUAAAGCAGGAGCUGCCGCGGAGCGUCCACGGGCUGAGUGGAAACUGGCUGGCGUACUGGCAGUACGAGAUCGGCGUGAGCCAGCAGGAUGCCCACUUUCAUUUCCACCAGAUCCGCCUGCAGAGUUUCCCGGGACACUCGGGGGCCGUCAAGUGUGUGGCACCCCUGAGCAGCGAGGACUUCUUCCUGAGCGGCAGCAAGGAUCGUACCGUGCGCCUCUGGCCGCUGUACAACUACGGCGACGGGACCAGCGAGACGGCCCCACGCCUCGUCUACACCCAGCACCGCAAGAGCGUCUUCUUCGUGGGCCAGCUCGAGGCCCCGCAGCACGCGGUGAGCUGUGACGGGGCUGUGCACGUCUGGGACCCCUUCACAGGGAAGACCCUUCGCACAGUGGAGCCGCUGGACAGCCGGGUGCCCCUGACUGCAGUGGCUGUCAUGCCCGCCCCCCACACCAGCAUCACCAUGGCCAGCUCUGACUCUACCCUGCGCUUUGUGGACUGCAGGAAGCCUGGUCUGCAGCACGAGUUCCGACUGGGCGGUGGGCUGAACCCUGGGCUUGUCCGUGCCCUGGCCGUCAGCCCCAGUGGCCGUAGCGUCGUGGCCGGCUUCUCCUCGGGCUUCAUGGUGCUCCUGGACACCCGCACGGGCCUGGUUCUGCGAGGCUGGCCAGCCCACGAGGGGGACAUUCUGCAGAUCAAGGCGGUGGAGGGCAGCGUCCUGGUCAGCUCCUCCUCUGACCAUUCCUUGACCGUCUGGAAGGAGCUGGAGCAGAAGCCCACCCAUCACUACAAGUCAGCAUCCGACCCCAUCCACACCUUUGACCUGUACGGCAGCGAGGUGGUCACCGGCACCGUGUCCAACAAGAUUGGCGUCUGCUCCCUGCUCGAGCCACCCUCACAGGCCACCACGAAGCUCAGCUCUGAGAAUUUCCGCGGCACGCUCACCAGCCUGGCCUUGCUGCCCACUAAACGCCACCUCCUGCUGGGCUCAGACAACGGGGUUAUCCGCCUUUUGGCAUAGACUGAGGCAGGAGCUGGCCGGGCAAGGGUGGGAAGACAUCUGCAGGCACGUGUCCGCUCACCCUGUUCCCCGAGCAGCAGCUCCCUCCAGGGAGGCCCUGGGUCCCAUGCUCUGGGUGCCCACGUGGCCUGCCAACUAGGGCCUCCAACUGGAGUGGGGGAGUCCUGGCCCCUGAAUCACCAGAGCCACCAAGCCUGCCAGAGGGGUCUCCUUCAUGGCUUGGGGACACACUGCUCCUAGCAAGCAGAAAGUAAGAGCAGGAGGAAGCGUUGCUACCUUCACUUCUCCCCAGCUCUGCCCUCUGGGUCCACAUGAGGACAGGGAAGCUCGGGAAGGGGAAGGGAGACUGGCCCUGCCCAGCCAGUCUCUAGCCCAUCAGCCCCUGCUGGGCACUCUCUGCCCCAUCCCUCUAGGACAGGGAAGGUGGCCUGGUCCAGGGCACUGAUGGUGCUUGGAUUCCAGCCUAAGGAAGGCUGGCCGUGGUCCAGGAGUUAAGGGCCUGGGUCUGGGGUUUAAGUGGCCACCCAUCCAGGCCCUGGCCAGUGUGGGACCAGGAGGGGAAGGAAGAAGGAGGCUAGGAGCAGGGGAGAGAAGAUGCACUUGGCCAGUGGUGCCUGCCAGGAGUGAGUCCAUGCGUUGCCUACCCACCCCUAACCACAGUGUUUGUGCCUUGAGCUGAGGGGGCAGCCUCUGGGCCCUGAAUCCCUGCUGGGGCUCCACGACCCUGAGCGAAGGUGUGAGAAGAAUCAUCUCUGCACCUCGGGUCUCUGCCAGAGGAAGACUUAAGCAUCCCUGCGGCCUCACAUUCUAGAUGGAGAUGAGGUCCAGGGGUUGGCCCCUGCUGCCUCCUCACAAUUUGCAAUAGAUGUAAAUAGGACCAAUAAAUCCUUUGGAAGAGCCA